AUGUUCUCAGCAGCAUCUCCAAGUGCGCCCAGUUCAAAGCAACAAUGCAGUGCUGCCCUGCUGAGCAAGCUUGCCAAAGUGCUUCCCAAGGGCCAGAAGUUCACCAUCAACCACCUCUCUACUCCGCCCACUCGCACUGAUGCUCUGCACUCAGCUCCUCCUGAUGCGCGUCCCGAUCGAACAUACCGAGAAUCCCACUUCCUGGCCGUCAGCGUAGAUGCGACUGCAAGACUGGCUUCCUCGAGCUCGCCCUCGUCGCCAGUGACCCCCAAAGCCGCCCACGACUCCAAUUCAACAAGUAGACAGGUCUUGGUCCUCGGCCUCGAGAUCUACAUUUUCACAACAGCCUGGGCCAGCACUUUCUUCGUAUCCAAAGCCGAUUCGACUGGCUACCUGAGCCUCCUCAAUCUGCCGAAGGGAACACCCUCUCCGAUCCGCGAAAUCAGCUCUGCCUUCAUAUCGUACCUUGUCGAGCAACGUCGUCGCAACAAUGUCCAGACCAUUGUCAGCCUUUUCGCGAGGGCUCAGAACCAAUACCUGUUUCCCGGGAGCGUGGAAAACAGCGACAAGCACGUCCUGGACGACCGAGGCUUGGUCAGAUGGUGGUGUCGCGUCCUCAAUUCCCUGAUCGAAACACAAAAUACGCACGAGGACAACAUCUUCCGCCCUUCGAACAAGACAGGUAAUUGGGAAGAUAUCAAGGCCUACCUGGUUGUUCCCGGUCUCGAUGCCUACGAUCUGCGAGCCUUCCUGCCCCGAACACCUGCAACAUCUUCCAACUGGGUUCUCGGUCAUCCCUUGGAACGUAUCUCGCACUUCGCCAGGGAGUACGAUUGGGUACCGCCCAGGUGUCUGGUGCCCAAGUUCCCCGACGAUCCAAAAUCUCGCUUCCGCGAUGAGCUCGAUCUCGAGGCCUCCAAGUCGGCGCAAUACGAAGAGAAGGGACUCUGGCGAAGCGCUACAACCAUGGACCAGUUCUGGGAAAUGAUGGCGUUCCGACAAGAGUGCUCAAGCGGGCACAUGACAGGAUUCAUUUGGGUUGUUCUUGAACCAUAUGGUUGGGCCGAGCAGAAUACAAUCGCGGCUAUGUCGCCUUCCAACUCUUUGGUCACACCAAGUACUUCAUUCGAUGGCUCACAAGUAACACAGCCAUCCACUCCCCCAAGGAGGCGAGACGUGCUUUUGAGUUCGACACCAAAGACAAGCCCCUUGAAAUCAGCAAUGACCCCGGGCUCCACGCAGCAAACCCCCACAAAGCAAAGCCCUUCCAAGAGCAAAGGCGAGACGAAGCCGAAGAAGUCUGUUCUGAAAGGGCCAAUUAUCUCUCGUCCGCCGCGCGUCAAAAGGCAUGCGCGCAACUACGUGCCGGACAUACCCGUCUCGACUUCAUAUUACUACUGGCCUCCAGAGGGGCGAGGAACCCGGAUUGCUGCUGAAGCCGAUUACAAGAGAGCGGUGGACUUACUCACCAAGCUGGACUUUGAGACCCUGGAGCUGGCCAGUGCAAGCACUAGGAGAUGGAUCAGUGAGGUCGGCGGCGGUCAGAAGUGGGCCAUGGAGGUUGUUGGCCGGCGGCCCUUCACCUCCGCCCCGAGUGUCACGGCAUCAACUGCGAUCAACAACAUGGCCAACCUAGUGCGCAAAAAGGGACAGACAGCUGCAGGCAGUGGGGGUGUACCGGGAUCAGCCUCUGCGGCUCCGGCUCAGGCCGAGGUCACCAUGCUUACAGCGAGGAAGAAGGCCAAGAAAGAUACAACGCCACCACCAACAUCAGGUGAGGAUGCUGAUGCCUCUUCUGUCAAUCUCCUUGUUCCACGAAAGAAGCGCAAGGAUUCGGGCUCCGAAGAUUCGGCCAAGGUAGGCGGCGGUGCGGAAGCGACAGCGGUCAACGCCGCGAGCGUGACAAGUGAAACGCCAGCUGUGAAUACCCUAGGUGGCGGUUUAGUGCGAAAGAAGCCCAAGACGGCUUAA